AUGACAUCAGUCAGAUACUUUGGGGACACUGCGACACUUCCUAACCGAGAGAAUAAAGCAUUAAAAUACAGGCAUAAUGGAGCAGUGGAGCAUUCAGGUGAUUCAUCUUCUGCAGUCGAGGACGAUUGUUCAGCGACAUCAGCUGCUGACGUGGAUGGGUUUACAGCUCUUGAAGUUCCAGAGAAACAUUCUGAUGUGGAUGACGUCAGUGAUUCACCUCCAGAUGUUGAUGUUGACAGUACUUCAGCGACAGGAGAUUUUAAUGUGAAGGAAUGUGUUUCUGAAAAAGUUGCUGAGAAACAUUCGAAUGUGGAUGACGCCAGUGAUUCACCUCCAGAUGUUGAUGUUGACAGUACUUCAGUGACAGGAGAUUUUAAUGUGAAGGAAUGUGUUUCUGAAAAAGUUGUUGAGAAACAUUCGAAUAUUUUACCCCUUGAUCUAAUCGAUAGUGAAUCAAGUGAUGAUGACCAUGAUGAGUAUCAAGCUGACGCUUCUCCACCUUUAAAUCAAGCAGAUGAUGAUGAUGAGUCUGAAGAAGACGCAGAACAGUUCAUAAAAGGAGAAGAAGAACAAGAAGAAGAAGAAGGAGCAGCAGCAGAGGAUGAUGAAGAGACAGAAGAACAAGUUGGUCGUUGGACGUAUAGCUCUGGUGCAGCAAAAAAGAAAUCAAAAACUAUCUCAAAAUCUAAAACAUCCGCUGGUUCUAAACCAGGUUCUUCUAGUUUAGAGGAAGAACGACUUCAGAUUCAUAUUGAAACACAACGUCUUGUACGAGAAGCAGAUAUACGUUUACCAGUGCAUAGACCUAAACAGUUUAAAUGUUUCAGUGAAUUUCGUCAAUCACUGAAAGGCAUCACGGGAAGUGAAAGCAAAGGCUGUGAAUCUUCUUCUCAGACUACAUCACUUCCAGACUGUUGCAGUGACACUCAAGCUAAUUCACAACAACCGCCUACUCCAUGUGAUCCAGUGGAGUGUAAGACACUGGACAUUAAGCCUUCUAUCUCACAUGAUGAUCCAAUUGAUAAUCCUCCUCUCCAGUCAGUUGACAUGGAUUGCAGUAUUGCCGAACCCACACCAUCAACAUCAUCGUCAGUGGAAAUAAAACCAAAACUUCCUCUUAUUAAUGAAUCAGAUAAACUGAUGAAUAUACUUCCUUCCCUUAGCACAAGAAGUUUAUUCAAUGAUAAUAAUGAAGAGUUUUACAUCGAUUUAGGUAUGGAUAGUACUGACUGUUUUUCUCUUACAGGCGAGUCGAUUUCAUCUUCAUCUUCUUCUUCAAAACCGAGGAUAACACCUGCCGAUCAAUUACUGGCUCGUUUAAAAAAGCAUCUUACAGUAUCUCAUGAAAAAGUUGUCCCAGAAUCUGUUGAAUAUUCGAUCAUAACAAAGGUUCAAACAAAUGAUAACGACAGAGAAGAACUUCAAGUGGAGACAGUUACACAUCGAACUUCUACGAGUUCAUCAUCAGUUUUAUCAACUAGUAGAAAAAAGUGGUUGGAGCAUAGAAAACUUCUUGAAGAAAAAAUGCGUCAAAAAAGGCUACAACAAUAUGAAGCACGAUUAAAAGAAGAGGGUUUAUGCGGUUCGAAAAAGUCAACUAAUGAAAACACUGAGGAAGCAUCAAACAGUGAUGAAGAAUGGUCAGAAGGUGAUGAUGAGGCUGAAGGUAGCGAAUUAUCUGAAGAUUCCAGUUCAACUGAUGACGAAGAGGAAAGGAGUGGUGGUGACGAUGAAGAAGAAGAAGAGGAAGAAGGAGAGGAGGAGGAGGCAGAGGAAGACGAAAAUGCAGACGAGGAUGAUGACGAUGUAGUUAACGUGAAGUCAUCGAAACGUCGUGUCUGUCUUUUUGCUGAUGAUGAAGCAGAGGAAAGUGAGACAGACGAUGAUGAUAACGAUGAUGAUGAUGGCGAUGAUGAUGAAAGUGGAAGUGAAACAAUGUCAACAUUUAAACACUCAUUAAAUUUGAAAGCAAAAGAUCUAUAUAACAAAAAGAUUAGUAUCCAUGAUGGUGAUAUUGAUAAAUUUGGUUCGCUUCGAAAACAGCCUACAGAAUUCGAUGACUACACAGAUCUUCCAGAAACAAAGACAGGAUUUGCAGAUUUUUCAUCUUGUAAUGCCAAUUUCAGUUUCCUUCAUCCACAAAGACGUCAACAAGGCAGUUUAGGUCCUGGUGAUGUAGAUCUUUUUGCUACUGAAUGUUCAAGCAUUUUGGAUAAAACUAUGAACCCUCGAUCCAUGUUGGCUUCAACGCGUUUAGACACAACUACUGUCGGUGAUGAAAAUAAAUCACGUCUAUCACGUGAUUCAUCUUCCCAUAGUCAAUGGAAUAAUACACCGUAUGAAUUACUCUACUCUCAAAGACCUAAUAGUCAAUUACUCUUAGCGUCCCGAUCGGAGUCCCCUAAUCAAGAAUCAAUUGAUGAUAAUUUAACAUUAUUGAGUGGUAAUAAUAUCAAUCAUAUAUCAUCUCAAGACACUGUCUUGUUAUCUCAAGAACCUACUCAACCAGUCUGUGACUUGGAUCCUACUUUGAUAUUAUCUCAAGAAAAAAGCAUGAGUGUUCAUUCACAAAUUGAACAUGAAAAACGUCGUGAUUUAUUCGGUGGCUCAGUUUCUGAUCAGUCAGAAGUAUUCACCGAUUCGGCCAGUAAAACAACGGAGAAACAAAAUAUUAGUCAUCCAGAUUCUCAAAUCCACCAUGAGCAUCGUCGUAAUCUUUUUGGCGGAUCACUAUGUGAUGACGACCAGUCACGGGAGUUUACCGAUUUAAUUACAGAUGAGUCUGUUAAAGAGAAUGAUACCUCAGAUUCACAGGUACAACAUGAAGAUCGUUGUAAUUUAUUUGCUGGAUCACUAUGCAAUCCUUCUGAAGAUGUAAUCAAUAAUGAAACUGAUCCGUUGGAAAGAAACGACACUUCAGAUUCUCAAGCACUCCAUGAGGAUCGAUAUAAUCUCUUUGGUGGUUCAAUAUCUAGUCGUCAAUCAGAAGCCUCUAGACCUGAGACUGUUAAGUCGAUUGAUAAUUCAGAUUCACAGAUUCAACACGACAAUCGUCAUAAUCUAUUUGCUGGAUCAUUGUAUAACCGAACACAAGAGUUUAUAGAUGAGACCACAAAACAAAAUGGAGAGAAUGAUAAUUCAGAUUCACAGGCGAAUCAUGAAAAUCGACAUAAUUUAUUCGGUGGAUCAUUAUGUGAUCAAUCACAAGCAUUCAUGGAUUCGACUACUGAGCCCGUUUUGAAUAAUAAUAAUAAUAAUAAUACUGAUUCUCAAGUUGAUCAUGCGAAUCGACGGAAUCUAUUCAUCGGAUCAUUAUGUGAUGAACAAUACAUGGAUUCGACUAUUAAACCUGUUGACAUUGAUCACAAUAAUAAUAAUAAUGAUAUGAGUCAUUCAGAUUCACAAAUCCAUCAUGAUAAUCGGCGUCAUUUAUUCACUGGGUCAUUAAGUGGUGACCACCAAUCACAGUCGUUGAUGGAUUCAACUGAUCAAAGUGUUAAUCCAGAUUCACAGAUUCAACACGACAAUCGUCAUAAUCUAUUUGCUGGAUCAUUGUGUGAUCAAACACAGGCAUUUAUAGAUGAGACGACAAAACCGAAUGGAGAGAAUGAUAAUUCAGAUACGCAUAAAGAUCAUGAAAACGACUGUAACUUGUUUGGUGAUCAAUCAGAAGUGUUUAUGGAUUUGAUUACAAAACCUAAUAUAAAGAAUGAUAAUCAACCAGAUCCCCAAGAUUCUUCGCUACCAUCUUCUAUGCCUUCAACACAGAGUUCGUCGCGUCGACGAGUGCUCAUUCUGGAUGAUGAUGAUGACGACAACGAGGAGCAGCAGCAGCAGGGAGUGGAGAAGGGUGAAAAAACAGCUAAAAAUAGCAAUCCAAAAGAAGGAACCAUCGAAGAUGACGAUAAUGAGAAGUUAAACGCAGAUGAUUCUGAAGAUGAAGGAGACGAAGCAAGCGAUAAUUCUGAUGGUACUAUUUCUGCUAAAGAAGAUAGUGAAGUGGAAGAGGCUGAUGAGGAGGAGGGCGAGGAAGAAGAGGAAGAGGAUACAGUUGCAGAUGAUGAUGACGAAGAAGAAGUACAACGUCGUCUUACUUUGAAUUCGACUGAAGUGACAAAGAAGAAGAAAAAAUUUCGUGUUAAUGAUUUUGUCGAUGAAGAAGCUGAGCUAUCAGGUGAUGAAAAUGAACGUGCCUAUUAUAUGGAUGAUGAAGAUGAAUUGAAUGUAAAUGAUGAUGACGAUGAUGAUGAAGAGCUUGCUGAUUUAAUUGAUGAAAAUGAUGCAGAUAUUCCAUCAUCUGGUCGUUUAAGACGUCAAGUUGAACGUGUACAUCAUCGAUUACAAACUGAUCAAGAUUUACGUGAGAUACGUAUUCUCAAGGAACUGUACUUAGAAGAUGGAGAUUUACACACCGAAGACGGCCGCGUUCGUCAACGACGUUUUCGAUGGCGUGGAUUAGAUAAUGAUGAUCCAUUUGCUGAUCAAUUGAAUAUGGACGAUGAUGAUGAUGACGGAGAUGGAAGUUCAAAUGAUGAAGGUGAUGUACCAUAUGGUCCUAUGGAUCGUUGGUUACGUGGUCCAUUAGGUUCAAAACUAAACUCUUCUAGUGGACAGAACAAUACUGAUAAUGAUCAGUCUAUGGAGAAUGUUGAUCUUGAUUCGGAUGGAAUACAAAAAAAAUCUAAAGAUAAUCCUAAUGAUGAAGAUACGCUUCCAGGAUCAGACAAUGACGAUGAUGAUGACAAUAAUAAUAAUGAUAAUAAGGAAAAUCUACAGAAUAAUAUUGACUCAAAUACAGUUUUAUCCCUUGGAAGAAAAGCACUGAUGAAAACUCAAACAAAAAUGCAAACUCAAAUAAUUGUUAAAAAUAAAAUAUCAGCUAAUCGUGGGAAAACUACAAAAUCGUGUCAUGUUGUUAAAAACGCAUCAAUAUCCAACUUUUUAAAGCCUAAAUUGACAACUAGUGAGUCGACUACAACAAAGACAACUAAUACCACCUCCAUUAAGAAUGAUAAACAUAUCAGCAAGGAUGAUAUUGUUGAUGCAGGUGAUGAUGAUGAUGAUAAUGAUUAUGAUGAUAAAACCAAGGAUAAUAAUAAUACUUGUAAAUCUGUUGAUUUUAUAAAGCCCAUAUUGGAUACUGAUAAUAACACUCGUGAUGUUAAACUUCCAGUGGUCAGACGUGGCUCUUUGUUGAGUCGUCCUACUGGAAGUUUUCUUCCAGGUUUCAAAUCUGAAUUGCCUAAAAAGGCUUUAAGUUUCACUGAAGAUUUUGAUACUGACCCACCAACAAAUAGUAAUACUCAUAACAAUAAUAACAGUAACAAUAAUCAGAAUAAUCGUCGUGGUAAUCAUGCACACUUAUUAGGUUUACGCAAUAAAGUUGGUCUGUCGUGUUUCAGUGUUGCUACACCAAAUGUAAAAUCAGAGAAAAGUGAUCCAUCAUUUGAUAAUAAUGUUGAUAGUGGAAGCAAUCAAUCAGCUGUUCAAGGAUCUUCUAAGAAUACUACUAUGAAGCAUAAACGUUCAAUGGACAUGAUUAAACCGCAUUCAGCUUUGUUAAGUCCUCCAAGUUUAAAACGUCAUCGAUCGUCUAGUGUAUUUACAGCACUUCUGUGA